UCUUCGACUUUUUUGGUUUGUUGGGAAAGCUAGUAGAAAUGAAAUUGGGUAUAAAGAAGGUUCAAAAUUAGAAAAGGGUGACAAUUGGUCCCACAAAAAUAACUUACAAAUUUUCGGCUUAUUUUUGAUUUUUGCUUCAAAUAUACUUUUUAUUUUUAUUUCCUGAAUUUUCUAGACUGGGAGAGUUGUUAGAUUUUGAAUUUCACGAAAAAACUUUCAAAAUUUGUGUGUGGAAUGGUAUACAGCUUGGAAACUCCAUCAGAUGUCAAACAACACGAACGCUUCCAUAAUCGAUUUACUGAAACUGCCAAUUUCAGAGUUUCACAGACUCAAAUUGAACACGUGCUUCAAUAUGAAAACGUGGAGUCACCACUUCCUGGUAUUCUAUUUGGUGUGCGAUCAACUUCUACGGCUACACUUAAACGAAAAUUGGAGACAAUAAUUACCAAUUUUGUAAACACUGAAAUUGGUUAUGCACCAGAUUUACCAGUUUGGGAUGCUCACGGAAAGCGUAAAGGUUUCGUUUUUGUUAGCAAUUCAAAGCCGCCGUUUGUUGGAGGUUUGUUGCUGGUUGAUCCUGUUACUGAAGUUAUUUUGAUGCCUGAAGGGAAGCGUUUCAAAUCAAUCAAAAUCGGUUCAAUCCUCGGCGUUGACAGAAUUUGGGUUCAUUCCCAUUUAAGAAGGAAGGGACUUGCUACUUGGCUUUUGGAUGCGGCCAGACGCCUUCUGUCUCCUAAAGAUGGUGACUUACUCAAGAGAUCGAGAGUGGCUUUUGGGGAUCCGAACGAGUUGUGUGUUAAAUUGGCGAUUAAUUAUGUUGAAGAAAACAAAGGUUUUUAA